CGCGGGGCUCGGCAGCUGGCGGGAAGGCUGCAGGCUCCGCCGGUACCUACGUUCAACCGGUGCUUGCGCCGCCCCCGCGUCCCGGGUGUCCGCGCGGCGGGCCGAGCUGGCGUUCCGGCCCCCAGCAGUCGUCCGGCUCAAGGACCACUGCGGGGGAGGAGGCAGGAAGACUGUUAGUGAGACUUCUGGACCGGACAGGGCAGAUGCGCUCAUGAACUCAUCACAGAUGCAGCUGUCUGCACAAGAGCAAGCCAGUCAACAUUCCAACGUGGAGGGACCUGAACCCCUAGACCUGGAGGGCUAUUGACAGUUGAUGGCUUCUAGGAGAGAGAGGGUGUUCUCUAGAGUGUGGUCCCUGGUAGGCCAAGAAGGCUCCAGUAAAGGGUCUUACACCCAGGAAUAUAUGGCAAGUUACUGGAUGGACGAUUAUUAUUUUUAAGGCACUGAGUUGGAGAUGGGGUGAGGUGGACAUGGGAGUAUGAGAGUGAAUAAUGACCAAAUAUACUGUAUGAAAAUUCUUAAGGAAUUAAUACAAACAUUAAAGAUCUGAUCUGCCUAUAGUUCUGAUAAAGAUUUUAUUAACUGAUCUGAGAAAUUAAGCAUGAAUCCACAAUUGGUAAGUCAGACUCAUCUGCACAUGCACACGUGUGAUGGCCAGAGGCUGAUGUUGGUGCCCUCCUCAACUGUUUCCCUUACCUUUGAGAUACAAUCUCUUCCAGAACCUGGAGCUCACCACUUCAGCAAAGUGGUGGCCAGUGAGCUAGAGAUCCCCUUCCACCUCUGCAAUGCUAGGACACAGGUACAGGACACAGGUACGUGCCACGAAGCUCGGCUUCUGUUCCAUGGGUGCCAGUGACCACUAGGUCUUCACACUCACAUCCGGCCGAGCCCUCUCCCUGGCCCCACACUCCCCUCUUGACAUCAUACUUGUUAGUCUCCCAGCUCCCCAGAGGUGUGCCACACCAGCAAGAAAGUCCUACUAACUGGUCACCACUGAAAGUUAUGUUCAGCCUUAAACACUAUAUUUACGAGACCUCUGUGCAACAACUGUUUUUGAGUACUUAGCAUCAGGAAAUGUUCACGGCCGUGUGUCCUAAUUCUCAGAACAUGAAUAUCCAAGCAAGUUUAUUGCUUUGCGCACGGUCAUAUUCAGAGUUACGCCUCAUUUCAAAUACUGUGAUGUCCAGAACAUUUUUAAAACUCCUUCUAGGAUCACAGGUGGAUCGAGUUUUUAGAAGUGGUAACUUUCUUUUAGAAAUGCUUCACCUUACUUCCUAUUUUCUGUCAAAAAACAAAUACAAGGUAAUGAACUAUUUUCAUGUGUGGCUGUUAGACUGGCUUUUAAGGCAGUUAAAAAAAGAACUUUUAAAACUAUUCUGAGCAACCUUAAUGUUGAAUAAUACAUGGUUUUCAUAAUAGCUACUCUAAAGACAGUUCAUUUUAUAUGUGUACACACACACACACACACACACACACACACACACACACCUAAAACAGAAAUGGAUAGCAAGCCCUAUUUAUUCAUACCCUCUUUAUUCAAUAUGCUCUUUACCAUCCUGACAUCUCCUAAUAGUGGUGGAUGUGCGUGUGUGCAAAUUCAUAUUCACAUUCUCCUCCCUAGGGCCUAUGGCCUCCUUCUCUGGGACUUUUGACAGGGUUAAUUUUAAGAGUAUGAACUUUCCCCCUGUAGUAGGCUUACAGUACAACCUAUAGCUGGCUGGUGACCACCGUGAUGGCUAUGCCACUACUGUAACAGUAGGUGCAUCUUGCCUGGUAGAGCAGAACUGUAGAUCACAUGAUUCGCAGUUGCUUUAGACGUCUUUAGAACGUCUUCACUAGACACCACACAGCUCUGAACUUUACAUUUUUCUAGUUACAUCUAAUAAGGGGGGAAAUGCUACCUUUUCAUUCAUGUUUUUUAGAAUUUAAUGGCAAUAAUCAGAAUUUAUGAACUUUAAUUUUAUAAUUAUGUAGUGGUCAUUAAGACUAUGCAUAUCUGUAUUAAGAAUACUUUAUGGAGUCAGGAAGACAGACGGUCCUUCAUAACUGUGAGAAGGCCUCAGUGCUGAUGAAUACUGCCCUGACUUGAUGCCUCGGUUAGCCAAGUCUUGGCCCUGUGCCAAGGUUGAGCUGGUUUCCCCAACCCCUGCUGAACUUCCUCCAGAUAUUCAGAGAGUGAGAGGUAGAACAGAGUGUUGGAACUGGUGGCUUCAAACAGCUUACAGCCAAGGAGGCUGUGCUGAGUGGUUUGGUGGCCACUGAGGUAUGGAUGUGGUUUUAUAUCAGAGAGAUCAUAGGCAAACGUGGCAUUGUUGGCUAUGAUGUUUGAAGAUCAGUCUUUAACAUUUCAUUUUAUUUGAGCCCUUAUUUGAAUGUUCUUGGACCAUGUGUAAUGAGACUGCUAUCUGAACAAAACACUAGCUUUCAAGUAAAGAAAAAAGGAAUCCUUUAUUGUUUGUGGGUUGAUUGGUUUGGUUGAGACAGGGUCUCUCUCUUUAUAGUCCCGGAACUCAUUAUAUAGAACAGACUGGCCUUGAACUCAGGUCUUCCUGCUUCUGCCUCAGGAAUGCUGGAAUUACAGGCAUCUGCCACCAUGCCCAGCUGUAUUAAGAAUACUUUAGCAAAGCUCUGUGUUAAAAUACCUUCUGUAAAUUGUUAGGGGUGUGUGUGUGUGUGUGUGUCUGUCUGUCUGUGUGUGUCUCUGUGUGUGUCUGUGUGUGUCUCUCUCUGUGUGUGUCUCUGUGUGUGUGUCUGUGUGUGUGUGUGCAUGUCUGUGUGUGAGCGUGUGUUGUGUGUGUGAGCGUGUGUGUGUGUGUAUGUGUGUCUCUGUGUGUGUCUCUGUGUGUGUGUGUGCAUGUCUGUGUGUGAGCGUGUGUGUGUGUGUAUGUGUGUGUGUGUGUAUGUGUGUCUCUGUGUGAUUGUGCGUGUGUGUGUGUUUGUCUGUCUGUCUGUCUGUCUGUCUGUGUGUGUCUCUCUCUGUGUGUGUCUCUGUGUGUGUGAGCGUGUGUUGUGUGUGUGAGCGUGUGUGUGUGUAUGUGUGUCUCUGUGUGUGAUUGUGCGUGUGUGUGUGUGUGUGUGUGUCUGUGACCCAGGCCUGGUCUUUAUAUAAACCUACUAUCAGGAUACAGGAACUAAAGUGUGUAACUUAAUGUAUUUUAAACACUUUUUUUGCUGGUAUGAAAUGUAGAGCAGCCCGUGUUUAAUUCUUGGGCUUAUUGUUAAUUCUGAAAGUUUUAAAAGCUGUCUUUGACUCACCUGUAAAAUAAGGCAGUUUAAAAAAACAACUCUUAUAACCAAACAUGUUUAGAAAUGUCUUUUUUUUUUUUUGAAAGAAAGAGUGGUUUUGUCUGUUGAUUUGGUGAGAGGAUUAUAAAUCUCAUCCUCAUGUUUUUGUGUGUGUGGAAUAAAUAAUAUACAGAAAAAACAGAAUUGCUAGAGAGCAAAAGAGGGCAAGAAAGAAAAGGGGAUUGUUAUUACAACAAGAUAGCAUGCCAAGAAAAGCUUUUGUACCUGGGUACUAUCUAAGUGCCUAUGACCUAGAGAAGUAAGGUAUAAAUUUAUAAACUAGGUAAAAAAUAGAAAAAUAUAGCUUCCAUUAAAAGAAAACAGUUGCUAUGCAAAAAGUAUAUCAUUUUAACACUGUAACCAUAGUAAAACCUGCACUUAAUUUUGGAAAUAAUGAUUAAUAGUAAUUAAGAACAUUUGAAAACCAGUCUAGAGAUGGCCAGAUGGCUCAGCUGGUAAAGCUGCUUGCUGUGCAAGCCUGGAAACCUUAAUUUGGGCUUUGAAGCCCACAUAAAGUUGAAAGGAGAGAACUGACUUCACAAAGUUGUCCUCUGGCCUCCACUCAUGCCCCCCCCCCCAUGUACCAUGCUCCUACACAAUCACAAUAAUAAUACGUAUCUUAAAGUCCAGUCAGUUACUUAGGCUUUGUACUUUUCAUAGCAAUAGGUUCCAGAUUGCUUUUCUCAGCCUAUGUGGGGCAAGGUGCCCUAACUUCACAUCCCUGCCUCAUCAUUCACUUUCAUCUUGCCAAUUUUCUGCCACUGGCUUUCCUUCAUUUUUUAAGGUUUAUUUAUUUUAUGUGUAUAUUUUGCCUCCCUGUAUGUAUAUGUGCCAUGUGGAAGCCAGAAGAGAGGUGUCCAAUCCUCUGAAGUUGUAGACAGUCAUAAGCCACAUUGUAAGCACUGGGAACUGGAUACAGGUCCUCUGCAAGAGCAGAAGUGCUCUUAACCCCUAAGCCACUCCUACUCCUCUGCUUGUGUCUUUUAUGCUCCUUUGCCAGCCUUAGUUGUGCCUGUUGCUGUUGCCUACUGUCUCCCACCCAGCCUGCCACUGUGCUGAUAAAAUGUACUUGAAAUGAAGGGCCAGGAAGUAAGGCCAGCACAUGUGGCAGUCCCGCUUCUGCUUGCCUGAUGGCGUUGUUAACUUCUUUCUUUAUCUUUGUUUUUGUUUUCCCCCAUGUGUCAUUUAGACUCUAUACAACUAUUUGACCCGAGGAAUAUAUAUUUUCAGAUCAGUGUAGGAAGCAAAUAGGCAUUAAUAAAUACUAUGUUCAGGUAGAACUAUAUUGUUAGACCUAUAUUUGAUAGCAGAAUUCAUAGCUGAGUAGAGUAUUUUCAACUCUUGGUAUUGGUAGUCUUCUCCAAAAUUGUACAAUUGCAGACUUAAGAGCACUGUGAUAAUAUAAAUGCAUAUGACCUUGGGGGGAAUGUCCAUAUUUCAUUGAGCCUUUUUCCCAUAUUCAAGCAGAAGACCGAAGAUGGUGAGGCCUUCCUUCCACAAGAGUAAGAUGCGAAGUGAUUGGCCUUGACUUCUGCUUGUUUACUGUAGUUUCAGCACAUCACUGGGGUUGCUUUUGUGAAGGCUUAGUUAAGUUCAGUUUUAUGUUCUCACGUAAGUGGAAACAUUAGAAGGCACUUGGUUCUUCAAAACCUUAAUGCUGCAUCCCUGAUUCCUAGCAGGACCCACCUUUAGUGCUUCAGUUCCUGUGGGGUUAGCCCAGAUUUAAUGAAUUGUGACUGCUGGAAGUUGGUUUUCUUCAUUUCCGGCUAUGGUAACGUGGUGAAUUUUCUUCAGAUUGUUUUCAUUACCAUUCUGUGUGUUUACCAUAAAAGGACAAGAACAUCCAAAUUACAAACCUAUUUAAGUUUAUUACUCAUAGGAAAAUGUGUUAAGAUACCUUUCUUUGCAAGGUAGUAGCUGUUUUUAAUUAGAAACCACAGCCUUUUCUAUAUGCUGACUGGAUCCAUCAGAACACUCUUUACAUGUACUCACUCCUUUACUGUAAUUCUCACAUAAGGUAGGAUGACUCAGUCUCUGAACCAGUUCUCACAGUUUAACCGAGAGCUGUGACAGAUGUUGAAGAUGCUCUUAAACCGUUGAGUAUAGGGCAUACGCUGACUUCAGUGAUCCCCAAAUCAAAAAAUGUAUCACUGACAUUUCAAGAAGAAAACAUUUCUGCUGAAGUUCCCUAGUUGUGUGUCUUUAAAUCAGAGGUUGGUUUUCUGGUAUACAGAUUACCCUCUUAAAGAAUUUGCCUCCUAAAGCUGCCUUGAAAAUGGUUUCCAAAAAGGAUUUGCUGGGUUUCAUAACUGUGUGGGCUGUUAAUGAUUCAGUAGCCCCCGUGUUCUCCUCCUACCCCUUAUAUUGAAAGCUCUUUCAUAGCAUCGAAGUGCCUUGAGUCAUAAUGGUUAAACUCUAAAGAAGAUCUGUCAUAUGGAUAAAUUUACCAUGUGAAGUGAAAUUGUCAGGAAACAGUUUGAGUCAGAGAUUCAUUGAUCACAGUGAUGGAGCCUAAAGAUUGUGAGCUUCAUUUAAAUCUUUGAGUGUACUUACAUGAACAUGUCUUUAUUAUUGGAUUGCAAACCUUGUAAUAGUCUCAUAAAACCUUCAAAGGUGUGUAUUCCCUCCCUUUAAAUUUUAAUUAGUUUGGUUUUUAUCAUCUGUUACAUAAAAAGAAUAUUUUAUUCUAUUUUAACUUCAUUAGGGAGGAGAGACAUUAUAGUGCUGAGUUAAAAUCCCAGUCCCUGAAAUUGAGGGACAUAAGAAUUCUGAUACGUUUGAUUAUUUUUUGACUGUGUUGUAUUUCAUUUAACCCACCUUAGCCUCAGUUCCCUAUCUUUACAAAGUCCGUGCUCUGGUAGUUAGGUUCUCCAUGGAGCCACUCAUGAAAGCUACAACUAACUGUUGAUCACAAACCAGCUCAGAAGGCUUUGGCUCUGAGUCUGAACCUUCUCUGGGUUACCUGGGCUGGCUUUAUGGUCAUCCUGCCUUAACUUCCUGAGUGCUAUGUUGGCAUUCUAGAUGUUCACAGCAGUACUCACACAGACUCCUUUUUUGAUUUAAUAUAGCGUGGGCAUUUUAUAUGAAGUCUAUUUGCCAUCUUCUAGCUUCAAGAGUCCAUGACUUCAAAUAGUUUGCCUAUGGAUGUCUCUCUCUAUAGAGACUCUCUUUACAUUGAUGAUUCCCCCUUGACAUGUGAACUUAAGAAUUCUUUAUAUUCAGGGGUAGCAUUUUAAUGUUUUAUAAAAGUGUAUUAAAAGGUUGAAGAAAAUUUACAUGGACACUACAAAUUCCAAAAGUGAUGGAAACAAAUUAAAAUAAUAGUAAUAACGUGAUUUAAAUUAAUAUCAAGUUCUAAAGACUCUAACAUAAAGCUCAUGUAAAUGAAGUUCAGAAUGAUGCUUGUAGGCAAACCGUGAACCCAGACAUGAAAAGCUUGCUUUCCAGCUCUGUGGACUGGCUUUUGAUGUGGUUGUCAUCUCUAUCUACUUAGAGGAACCAUUCGUACCAUUGCUUUUCAGGUAUUGUGUGGAUAUCAGGGGCUUGUUCUCAGUAAAUGUGUCUGAAGGUAUUUGCCUACUUAGGAUUGAUUUGUGGGACAUGUUCUCAUAUGUACUCUCACAAGUUGGCUUUGAACUUCUCUUCCUCCUGUCUCAAACGUCCCCUGUGUUGAAAUUAUCGGUGUGCUGCUACAGUGAGCCUUGUCCCACAUUUACUUAAUGAAGCACACAGUGAUUCCAAGGCUGUUUUGAUUUGGUGGGAGAAGGGGGCUCUCAAAGGCACUCUUGUUUCUUUCUCCCCAGUUCUUCUGUCACCACUAAACUGUGUUUGGAAGUCACUUCUGGACUCACCCCAGUUUUAAGUCUACUAGCUCCUUUCAGUUUGGUCUUUUUCCAAGUCUGUAUAAUAGUCACUGUGGAAAAAAGCUUUGAUUAGAGGAAAACUGAGUCCAGAUCCCUCCUUCACAGAAUUAACAGCUCUGUCCUGUCUCUCCUGGGCAGUUGACUUGUUUAACUUAACCUCUCCAGGAUCUAAACUCCUUUCUACCAGCACAGAAAGGGAUAAAAAUAGUUUUUUGUUUUGUUUUUUUGUUUUUUUUGUUUUUUUAGUUUACAGCACAGGGCUAACAUAAAGGAGAUGUCCAGAAAUUAGAAACGACGUUUAUUACCCUUAUCAGCAUCCUGCUCUGAUUAUUUUUGUCUGAUGUCAUUGGUUCUAGUGGCCAUGUGCUUCUCAUGAGUCUGCCAUGUUGCUGUCAGUUAUCUUCCUGUGAGUCAGUUGCGCUGUGCACACAUCGGGUUAUAGAGAAAGAACAAACUGAGGCAGUUCUUUCUGAGUGAAAAUCACAAAUUAGGGAGGGAGAUAUUAAAAGCAACUAAGUGUACAGGUCAGUACAGAGCAAGGCACUGAGAGAACAGCAGAGGGACCCACGUUUCAUUGGAUAAUAAGAGAGGGCGUUUUGAGGAAUUUCAUCUGUAAACUGUCAGGAACAAGAAGACCCCAGUUAGUUUGGGCUAGAGUAGUAUUGUUCAGGCUUAGCAUGUGGCAUGAGCAAAGACUGGGUAGUGUGUGCUGAGACUGCUUCAGAAGUCAGACAGUGGCAUCGCGGUAGGGUGGGAUCCGAAGGAUUACAGAAAAGGAAGCACUGAGGACAUCAGUUUUCUGCUAGGAGUCAUCGCUAGGUUAGUUUUGGUAAUGGUGCCAUUUACCGAGCUGCAAGUUCUGCAGUGGGCCAGGUGGGGCCAGGGUUUGACCCCUUGAGCUUAACAGUGGAGAAUCUGCGCAGAUAAGACAUGGCUCUGUCAGCCCCCUGCACUGCAGCUCUGUUUCCUGCUGUGUGCCCGAGUGCACUGCCUUGGCUCACAGAGUCUGUGUGGCCUGCUCUAACCUGACUUGCUUGCUAGCUUGCUCCCCUUCAUCCUCAUGCUUGACUUAGUUUCUUUUCUGUUGCCAUGAUAAAACACUGACUUUGGCUCAGCCACUUAAAGAAGAAAGGGUUUCUUUUGGCUUAUUCUUUCAGGGAAAGAGAGUCUGUCCUGGUGGGGACAGCAUGUCAUGUCAUGUCAGCAGGAGCAGGGAUCUGGUUGAUCACAUUUUAUCAGCACGUAAGAGGCAGAGAGAACAGGAAGUGAAGGGAAGCUGUAAACCCUCACGAUCUGCCCCUCUCUCCAGCGACCUCCUCCUCCAGCAAAGCGCUGUCUUCUGAAGAUGGCCUAAACUUCUCAACAGUGCUGUCAACUGGGGUCCAAAUGUUCAGAUAGUUAACCUGUGAGAACGUUUCUUUGAAACCACCACAGCGCCUAAACCAUAAAGAAAUUCUCUUUGCCAAAGCAGUUUUGAUCCUCUGCAUAGGUUUGUCCCAUUGUUUGAAAUAAAUGCCUUUGUCUGCGCCUUUUCCAUUAGUCGGACAUUGGUGUGUUACGCAGAGAAUCUUCCAAGUUUAGGGUCUCAGACCAUUUACUGUUCGGUUAAUGUCUUUGUGAUAGCACUUAGUAAUACCCUUCCCUUUCACCAUCCUCUCCUCACCCUCCUUCCUUCUCCCCUCGGCAUUUGUAGCCCAGGCUGGCCUCCAGGAUGAUCUUGAGCUUUUGAUCCUUCUUCCACUUCCCAAGCACCACAGCUCCAGGCGUCAGUACCACCUCAGACCUAAUACAGGCUAAAAGCACUCAGCAGCUGAGCUGCUCCCCAGCCCUGGGAGUCUCUCUUAACUCACCCGGAUUCACUCUAGAGGGCAUGAGAUGUAUGUAUGGAGAACUAAAUUUAUUAUGUUUUCUUCCUAGGGCCUAGGCACUCAGAAAAUCCAGUGAGUGGGCGUUGUUGUUGUUGUUGUUGUUAUUAUUAUUAUUAUUAUUAUUAUUAUUAUUAAACCAGUCAGACCUGAACCUCUACACUCUAGAAUUGGAUGAAUGUUCUUUGCUCCAUGAGGUCCAAGCAAGGUUUUACCAGAUUUUAGCUUUGUAAGGAUACGGAUCCGCUGUUAGUUUCCUUGUUUCCCUAGCGCCUAAUAUAGCACUGUGCAGGGUUUUUUGUUUCGUUUUGUUUUGUUUUCUUGUUUUUUUCAGUUUGUGUGUAUUUGACAGGCAUCUUACUAUUUAAUCCAGGUUGGCCUUAAUCAGUCUUCUUGCCUUAGCCUGAGUUCUAGAAUUACAGAAUUAUAAGCACUUAGGUGCUAACUUGCAGUUGGGAAAAUCUUCAUUUUAGAUCAUAGUUUCACUGUUGAAUGCUUAUCCAGUGUUCUUAGUAUAUAGUAGUAUUGGUGGCUAGCAGAGAGACAAAGUUUGAAUGUAAUUCAACAUGUCUCAGAUUGUUUGCAAGAUAUAUUAACUUUUUUCAUAUGUUUCUUAGUUAUGGUGUCUAUUGCUGUGACAAAAUACCACGACUAAAAGCAAGUUGGUGUUGGUGCCCCAUGCCCGCACAGACACGGUACUGAGAAUCGGGCGAAAGCCUGCGGGAUUAAAGAAAUACACACACACACACACACACACAGGUUACUCGUGUCAAGCCCAGAGAGGAAGAGAGAGACUCCUGUAGCUUUAUUCACCACUUAUAUACCCAAGUUCCCCAGGUAGAAAAUAUCUGGGAAGCACAGUGGGAAACCCUGGCACGUGACUACCUGGCUCCUGACUUCUUUGGUAAAAAGACCGACUACGUGACCUGAAUUAAUUAGGGAGAAAUCCGGGAAGACCAACCUAAACUCUAGAAGACAAAAGGCAGGAGCGAAUUGACCACCGCCCAGGUGUGGCCCAGGUGUGGCCCAGGUGUGUCGGCUCCACAUGCAUCAGCUGGGCUCAGCAGGGGUCAAACCUAGAAGGCUCUGACAAGUUGGGGAGGAAAGGAUUUAUUCUACAUACAUGUCCACAUUUCUAGUCAUCACCAAAGUCAGGACAGGAACUCAAUUAGGGCAGGAUCCUGGAAGCAGGAACUGAUGCAGAGGCCACGGAGGGAUGUGACUUACUGGCUUGCUUCACGUGGCUUGUUUAACCUGCUCCCUUAUAGAACCCAGGACCCUAGCCUAGGAAUAGCACCACCUACAGUGGUCUGGGUUCUCCCCCACUGAUAACUGAGAGAUGCCUUACAGCUGGAUGUCAUGGAGACAUUUUCUCAACUGAGGCUCCUCCCUCUUGGAUAUCUCUACCUUGUGUCAAGUUGACACACAAAACUACCCAAUACAGCAUGUAUGAGUUUUGCCUGCUUGCACGUGUGGGCACCACAUACGUGCCUACCGCCUGUAGAAGCCAGAAGAGAGAGUUGGAUUCUCUGGAGCUGAAGCCAUAGGUAACCAUGAGUCUCUUUAAGUGCUAGGAUGUGAACCCAGGUCCUCUGCAAGAACCACAGACUCUUGUCCACUGAGUCAUCACUCUGGUUUCUCAGAAGCUUGCUUUCUAAUUCUGAUUAUAAGCUAUAUAGUGAUGUUAAUAAUACUGACCUCCACAAUCCCUUGGAAAGCCGCGAGGGUCACUUACCUCUUCGCCUCCAUGUUAUUGUCAUUUCAUUGUCUUAGGACUGCAGCCACCAUGGUUUUAGGCCCUCCCCUUCUUUCCUGUCUUCUCGAUGCUCUUUCCCUGGGUGUGGUUGCUCUAUCUGUAGACAUUGUCAGGUUUCUAUUCUCGCACAUCUCCCCUCCAGGUUCUAGAGUUAGACAUGCAUUCGUUUCUCACUUCCUCAUGGGUGUUUGAAAAGCAUCUUAAAUUCCAGUGCUUAGGACUCGUAAGAAUUUCCAGCAUUUUCUCCCUCUUCAAGUAAUUCUUUUCAGCAGAAAAUGCUUUCUAUAAAUUAUUUUAAAGUAAUUGGUAGUAUAAAGAUUCUAGUAAGUAGAAACUUUUUCAAAAGAGCACUAAUCAUUAAUCAUUAAGUCAUACUACUAUAUUCUAGGUGUUUAAUAUCUUGUAAUAAUACUUUAAAAUUAAGUAAUACUGGUUGCAUAUAUAGGUCCUUAGCCAGAUUUCUCAUGGUCUAGUCCUAAAUCUCACUUUAUGUAUAUACAUGGUUUUCCUGCAUGUGAACCAUGUGCAUGUGUUACCUGUAGAAGUCAGGAGAGGGAAUCAAGCCUUCAGGCGAUGGAAUUUCACACAGCUGUGAGCCACCAUAUAGCUAUUAGGAAUAGAACCUGGGUCCUCUGGAAGGGCAACCUGUGUUUUAAUCACUCUCCGACUGUCUUAAAUGUCACAGUUUUUAGUUUGUAACUUCAGGUAACUAAGGUCAGUGUCAGUGGUCAGACAUAGGACAGUGUGAGUCCUGGACUCUUUAAUAUCACUUUACCUUAUUUCAUCCCAAGUGAUAACUUACCUCAUCCGCUUGCACGCGGACUCUGCAUUAAUGGCUGUGAUGAGAAGAGUGUUGUGACGCAUUCAGGGAUGCAUGCCUGGUGCUUUAGGAUGUAGAUGCUUUAAUGUCCUGUGACGUCUCACUUUGUGUGAUCUGGGAAGCACAGUGCACACCAUAGUUCCUUCUUAUUUUGUGUGCAUUGUUUGCUUUUCUCUCAAUUUUAAGUUUAAAUUGCCAAAACUCUAGCAAGUGUGACUGCUAUAGUCUCACAGUAUUAUACUGACUUCAGUUAUGGUUUACUUUGCUAAGCCUUUUGCUAACCAUUUUCAGGACAUCUUGGGCACUCAGUAACGUGUCAUAACCCCAGUGUGCAUGAAGUCAAGGAUUUUUAUUUUAUGGUUAACAGUUUUCUCCUGAAAUUAUGUAAUGAUUUGCCUGGUUGUUAGGGUUUGUUGUUUUCAUUUUAGUCUAAGACUUGUAAAUCCCAGGGUUUUUGCUCUUUUUUUUUCAAUUUUUUAUUGAUUCUUUACCCUAGUCCCUCUCAUCUCCCCUUCCCCUCCCCUCCACCCUUGCAACCUCCCCACCCAAAAUAAAACACAACCAAACAAAAGCAAACAAAACGAAGCAUAGAAAUAGAAAACCUCUAAUUGGGGAAGGGUAGUGUGUCACAGAGUGUCCCACAGUUUAUCCCUCUGACCCCAUCUUCACUUGCAUGUGUCAUUGCAGUGAGUUCAUCGGUGUGCUUCAAGGCCUCUAGCUUCUGUGACACCAUCAAUACUGGGUCCUCACUGGGACUCCUCACACACACACACACACACACACACACACACACACACACACACCCUGUGUUGCCCUGUACCCCUGUACCAUAGAGUGGAUCGUACAGUUUUACUAUACCACUUUGGAUUCCUGAAUGAAAGACACACACACUGGGUUAUUUUUGAAAUGCCUUGGCUACCUCAAAGGCCAGGCAUUCCUAAACUUUCCCUGCUACCCCAGGCCCAGUCGGGGAAGUGGUCACCCAUCCAAGUUCUCACAUGACUGGUUGGCUUUCUCUCCUGCAGCUCCCGCAUCCCAUCCUUCUUAAUGGACUCAUGGCAAUCUCUCUAUUGCCCCCUGCCCCCAUGUCCUAGCCUGAGGAACUCUAAGGGUCCUGUCCCAUCUCCCUUUGCCCAGCCAUUGGCCACCAACAUCUUUAUUGAUCAAUCAAAAUCCAGUUUGGAGACAAGGACGUUCAGAGAACACACAGAGUCCCGAUUUAAUCUCCAACGAUGGAGAUCUGCAGGUUUGGAUCGGCAGAACUGUCCCUUUCAGACAUCCCAACCAUUUGAAAAUGAUAUAAAAUGUGGGAUGAUCCAGCUAGGCUAUGCCUCCAUCUGCCGGCGGCAGGGUUCUCUCCUGCUCCCAUGCCCUCAGGUUGGCUCAUCCUCACCUCCAGAGCCAGCUCCACUGUGCUGCUCAGUCAAGGCUCAAGGCCCACUGUCCCAGGGGCUGCCCCUGGAAGGGAUUGGUCAGCUCUCCAUUCUCACAGCCUCAGGAAGAGGCUGGCUCAUCUGCACCUUUGCCAUCAAUGCCAGCUCCACUGUGUUGUCCAGUGAGGCACAGGGCCUGUUCUCACUACCUCCUAACCUAGGGGGCUGCUUUCCCAACAACCACAGGUGGCGAGGGCUGAGGGGGAGAGCAUUUUCCCCUGCACCCACAGCAUCUCACAGCUGAUGAGUGGUGGGGUCAGCUUUCCCUCACUCUUGUCCUCUGGGCUGGCUCACCCGUACCUCCUCCACCAGGGCCAACUCUACUGUGCUGCCCAGGCAAGGGGCAGGGCCAGCUUACCUGCUCUCUCAACCCUGCUGCUUUUACAUAGGAACUUUCUUUUUUUUUUUUUUUACUGUUUUUUUUUUUUUUUUGGUUCUUUUUUUCGGAGCUGGGGACCGAACCCAGGGCCUUGCGCUUCCUAGGUAAGCGCUCUACCACUGAGCUAAAUCCCCAGCCCCGGAACUUUCUUUUUUUUUCCGGAGCUGGGUACCGAACCCAGGGCCUUGCGCUUGCUAGGCAAGCACUCUACCGCUGAGCUAAAUCCCCAACCGUACAUAGGAACUUUCUUGUUAGUACCUUGAUGCCUUUGUAUUGGAAGUUGUGUAUCAUUGGAUUUACUUAAGUUUACCGUAAGUAAAAGCACACCUGCUUGCACCAUAGCUUACCAUAAGUAAAGGCAUACUUGUUUACAGCAUAGCUAGAUAAUUCACACCCUCAUCGUUCCCGCCUGUUACUUGUUACUUUUUUUAAUUGCCAGUUUCUUUGUUCCUUUGUAGGAUAAAAUUCUGCUUAUUGAUGAUCAUAUGAGGCAGAAAAUACAAAGUCCCACGGCCUUGAAAGGAGCGCAGACCUAGAAAACCCAAAACCCAAAACUUUUCCUCUUUUCUUGGAACUGAAUUCUAUGACCUAAUAGAUUUACUCAAGGAAAACAAACAUACUUGAAAUAGUUUUUGUAUUAGUUAACACCAUUGUCAUUAAAAAAAAAAAAACCCAGCUUAUAACAGAAUUAAGUAGGACGGGAAUGUAUUGAUUUGUAUAAAUUAGAGUUCCACCUGAAGCUCAAAUAAUGUCACCAACACUUUGUACUCAUUAAAAAGUUUUAUAUGAGUUUGAAUCAGCUAUAUGCCCCCCCCCUUCUACCUUUUCCUACCAACCUCACAUGUUCUCUCUCUUUAUAAAACCUCACACGUUCUCUCUCUUUAUAAAAUACUCACUGGAUCCAUUUAAUGCUGCAUGUAUAGGCUUGGGUGUGAGACCAUUCACAGAAGCUUGCCUGAAUCCUGAAGAAAACUGACUCUCCCUUUCUCAGCAAGCAUUCAUUGCCAGUGGCUCCUCAGACAGGGGCAGUCUGUGUGGGAUUUGGCUGGCCGGAUCUUGUAGAGGUCAUAGGCACUACACAUUCAUGUUUACAAUGACCCUGUCACAUCUGGCGAAUACUGUUCCCUACAGAUGUGGCUCUAACAAUCCUCCACUCCCUCUUCCGUGAAGCUUGGCAGGAGGAGGUGUGAUACAGAUGUCCCAUGUAGAGCUGAGGACUGCACAGUUCCUUAUCCUUUACACAGGAACUGGUUGUGGGUUUCUGUAUUAAUUGCUAUCUACUCAGAAAAGAAGAUGCCCCUGCAGGCAUUAUAGGCUGUCAAAAGACCCAGUGGGGGGCACCAUUACUGCCCUCAGACAUGACAAGGCUGUUACUGUUGCUAGAAGUUGAGGGUAAGACCUUAUUGCUGAAGACAAGACAUGCAGAAAAUAAGCUAGUAUCAACUUGGAAGAAUCAUCCCCACUUGCUAGCUUUCAGCAGGUGGUAGCAGGUUUCUGGGCUACCAAGGGAGCUGUGUGAGCUACAGCUGACCUGGCAGGGAAGUAACUGGGUAAGUAACCUGGCAAAGGUUGCUAAUGUAAUGAAAUAGUGGCCUGGCACUAUGGGAGCAACCAACAGUUUUAUGCUUGGAUUUAAAGCCUGAUCUUCAGGGAUCAGCAGUGUGUUGAGUGUUUGUAUAGAUAUAGGUCUUAUGUUUUUACAAAACUUGGAUGCUUUGUUUGAAAUAGGUUAAGUGUUAGAAAUUUUAUAGACAUUUUGAUGAAGAGCACUUUUGCUACCAUAAAAGAAAAUAUAUUUCAUAAAGUCUUAAAAAUUCAAGUCUCCAAAUACAAUAAUUCUAUAGUCAUUAAGAACAGUAGACAAAAAACUUUUCAAAAUGUUUCAAUUGUAGCGUAUUGAGUAGGAAAAGAGCCAAAUUGACUUAAACUAAUAAGAUCCCCACACUUCUGGCAUUCUAUACCUAGUAGUUUUGCAUUGCCAGGUAAAAGUUCUUCCAUUUAUGUUUCUUUGCAGAAGCUUGUUCUGACUGUAACUUAAUGAUUUUUACAAUUUAUUGCUGUCUAAAAAUUUCCCUUGACUUCACAUUCUGUUCUGGAUGUCUUGGUUUCUUCCCUCCUCCCACACAGUGAAGCAGGAGUUGCGAAGUGACACUGAAUUUAAGAACCCUGGCUUUUUUUCAAAACAAACUAACUUUAAAAAAUAUGAGUGCUUUUUAUUGAAACCAAAAGAAGAACGGCUUUGGCAAGUAUUCACUAAAUGUGCGAAUAACCUAAUUGAUUUUCCUAGCAUGAUUAAGAGGCUUUGCUGCCUGUCCUUGUAGAUAUCUGGCUCAGUAAUUACACAAUAGUGAGAGACUGAUUAACCUGUGAUGAAAAGUUGUGGGUUUAAAGUCAUCAGUUUGUGCAAUUUUAUAUCCAUGCUGCUUUCCUUCAGAGAGGAGGGGGGCAGUGUGGCAACUAGGCUCUUGUUAUUCUGUGAUGAAAAUGAUCAUAUAAACUUACUUCAACUCAAUGUUUUAUUAUGUGAAACUAUCAAGGGAUUCUUGCUGAGGAUUGUGAGGUGAAUGAAAUUUAGAUAUUAAAUAUUUUAAAGUUUAAACAUACCGUUAUAUAUUCCUCAGUAAAACUAAUGAAAGGGCCAAGAAGUCAUAAUUAAUGCAAAAAAAGUAAAAACACAGAUAAAAGUAUACAUUUAAAAACUCAUUACAGGGGGGUUGGGGAUUUGGCUCAGUGGUAGAGCGCUUGCCUAGGAAGCGCAAGGCCCUGGGUUCAGUCCCCAGCUCCGAAAAAAAGAACCAAAAAAAAAACCAAAAAACAAAAAACACUCAUUACAGGUGUCACGGUAUUCCAACUCAAUCUUUAGCUCAGGUGACUAACUCAGGCUAGAAUAUAGUAUUUUAGGAAAGGAUUUGAGAUCCGGGAAGGAGAAAACUACCUGUGGUGUCAGAAGGAGCUAAAUCAUCACACCUCAGUAUGUGAUGUGUGACCUCAGGUCUGAACGCUUAGGUUAAAGGCCGUCACCUUUAAGGCCAUUCUUAGAUGGCUAAAAAUAGGAAAUCACAGAAAAAUUCUGGAAGGAAAACAGUUUUGCUGAGUUUUAGUAGCUCAUACAAGAUAAGAGCACUUCACAUGCAUCUGUCAGAGGAACUGGGACCGUAGUAGGGGCUCUGUGAUACUCAGGGAACUAACCUGGCUUUUUUUUUUUUUUUUGGAUUUUAUUUUAUUGUAUAUGAGUACACUGUAGCUGUCUUAGACACACCAGAAGAGGGCAUCAGAUCUCAUUACAGAUGGUUGUGAGCCACCAUGUGGUUGCUGGGAUUUGAACUCAGGACCUCAGGAAGAGCAGUCGGUGCUCUUAACCACUGAGCCAUCUCUCCAACCCCUAACCUGGCUCUUAAGAUAAGCAGAGCAGCUUGUUUUUCCUGGGCUUCUAUUAGCAACGCCCAUCCCCUUGGGUCUCAGUUUUGAAGAAAGCUGGUUGGUAUUAUUUAUUUAUCAAAUCUUGGUCACAGCAAAAAUUACUAAGGGGGAACUUAGAUUUUAUUCUUUUUGAAUAUCUAAACUUUAUAAAAUAGUGACUCCAAAUUUUAUAAAUGAAAUUAAUGUAAUUAAUGCCUGAACUAUAAAAUAAGGUGGAGGAUUGGCUUGAAAACAGUAAAUAUAUAUCCUUACCAGUAUAGCUAAAGGAAAGCUAAAUUUCAUCUUUCAAAUGAUACCUAACCCAGGUCUCUAGGUUAAUGACAUUCUCAAGUACAGUAAUCUUACAACAAGGAAAAAGAGACAUUCUGAGCAAAAUUAUAGUGACAAGAGUCAACAACAGCGCUGGGAAGUGUGGGGAGGGGUAGUUAAAAUGUUACUUAGUGGGGGGAAACACACACACACACACAAGAGGGAGAGUGAAACAGGGUUUCUCUGUGUAGCCCUUGCUGUCCUGGAACUCACUUUGUAGACCAGGUUGUCCUCAAACUCAAGGGAUUCACCCACCUCUCCCUCUGUGCCUUGCAAGUGCUGGGAUUAAAGGCACGUGCUAUCACACCAGGUUUAAUGUAUAUAAUUUUUAAUGCAACAAUAUUUUCUAGAAGACAUUUCAUUUUAAGUCACAUUCAUUUGUAUUAAAAUCCCAAGUCACACUUGGUUAUAAAUACUGCUCUGAUCCACUAACAGUAAAUUUUGGGUAUAAAACUUUUCAGAACUUUUCAAAUAAGAUCUGAAUGGCUUAGAAUUUGAUGGAUUUGGUGCCUUUUCCUUUGGACCCUUUUGUUAUUUAGUAAAUAGCAAAGAUAUUUAAACAAGCUAGUCUCUCAAGAAUUAAUAUACUUUAAGGGUGUAUUUUUCAGGUCUUAAUAUCUACCAAAUACUGUUUUAUAUUUUGUUUUGCAGAUUUUAAAAUUGAUUAACUGUUGAUGAAUAAUUACUUAGUUUUGUUCCAAAUUACUUUGUUUUCUCCAUUUCCGUAAAUAGGCUCAUGCUUGAUCAAUUUCUCCCAGUUCUCAGUACCUAGGAUUAUAAACUGUCUUUUGUGACUUGUUUAUAGUGUCUAUCGUGCCUUUUGUCUUAAGUGCACAUAUAGCAUGCUUUUCUCUCAGUCAUUGGGUUCAUUGAAUUGCUCUCUCAGCUGGUUGCUGUCAAAACUGGCCAAACAAACAAACAAAAAAAAACCAAAAAAAAAAAACAAAACCAAACCAAUUUGCCCCAGUCAGUAACAAACAGACUAAAAGUUAAAUUCGUUAUGUUUUGUCUGAAACAUUGUUAUUUUGCAUCAUUUUUUGGUCUUGAUGGCUUAAUAAGUUUGUUGUUAAUUUGUUUGUGCAGAGUAGAAAAUUACAGCAUAUGCUAAAAUCCAGUCCUCAACUUUUACUGACUACUUUUAAAAUGAACACGUGCAAAUGAUUAGCAUAACUUCUAUCUGUCAUGGACUAUUGUAAAGAUUAAUUUUAGUGUAUAUGGAGUUUUUAUGCCUGCUUUGUAUGUUUGAUUUCUUUCUGAAGCCUCAAAGAGUGGGUGAUAUUCAGUCUCUGUUCUGAUUGGACAUACCAGGCACUUUUUACCCUCCAGGUGCAUCUCAUUCACUUACAUGCACGCACGUGUGCGUGCGUGCGUGCGUGCGUUUAAUAGUUUCUGAGCACAAAAGCCUAGCCCCUGAUUUCUUCUGGCUUUUCCUGAUCUAGCCAAUUCUGUACUCCAGGAAGCCUAACGGCUUGCCCUUACCCACACACACAAUGGUCUUCCUUCCCACGAUUUCCUGUCUGGAUGGCAGUUGUUUCUUCACUUAGCUUCCCUUCCCCACUGCCUUCCAGGGUCCAACCCAAACACCCCUCUUAGAAUGAAGCUUUCCCUGGAACCACUUUUCUUUGAUGUCAUAUGUAUUUAAUAUUAAGGAACAUUGAUACUGUAUCUAGGGGUGGGCCAGGUGGCUCAGUGGGUAAGGUUCUACUAAGCCUCAAGACCUGAGUUCUGUCCCCAGGACUCACAUGUUGGAAAUAAAGAAUCGACUCUUCCAAAUUUCCUCUGACCUGUACACCUGCUCUGUGACACGAAUGCCUCUUCUGUACAAUAAAUUAUUUAAGUGUUGUAUGUCUUGGGCUGACUGAAAUACACCUUUUUCAUAACCAUGUUAAUUAACGUUUUUGCUUUAGUUUAAAUGUUCUUGCUGCUUCUGGUUGUAUGGUAAAUAGUAUUUGUUGAGUUAGUGAUUACAUUAAUGAAAACUCUAGGUGGAGAAAUUACAAGCAGAGAUACCACAGUCCAUAAUUUGGACAUUAGUCCAACAUCCAGGCUAAUUGAAGCGGAGGGAGAGGCCAAAACUGUUGAUAGAAGUUGGAGUACGCAUUUUUGGAAAGCUAACCUAGCCUCUCAAGUGGAGGCUGGUUUAUAUCUUCCAGUGGUAGAGGACAGCCAACGGGAACCUAGAAGUAGGAGUCAUCAGAGGACUCUUAGGGAUCAAGCAAACGACAUCACUGAAGUAGACAGGUCUGCUGUUUACGCUUUGGAUUUAACACCAGAUUCGUGGUUUGAUAUCUUUGUUUUAAGUCAUAUUAAACACCCUUUCACACCCAGGAGUUUGCCUCAGUUUCCCUUAAUAAACCUAUAUUGUUCUACUUUAAAAGGGGGGCGGGACUUAAGUCAAAUAUGGCUGAUCGUGGGUUUGUAUUGAGCUAUUUAUUUGACUGCUCAACCUUUGGUGCUGUGCUAAAGAAAGCUCCAAGCAUGCUGAGUGCUUAAUGCCAGGCAGGGUUCCGAGCGUAGAACUAUAACUAGCCCUUGGUAAUCAUAAUAAGAGUUCCUUUUAGAUCAACCUUGAAGUCAUGUACGUGACUGACUUAGAAUGGAAUCCCUACUUAGCCUCAGGAUGGGACUGGUCACCAGAAAGACCAAGUGACUAGAUAGUGCGAAGGAAGACCAUUGUGGGUUUGGGUCAGUGAACUGGGCUCUGGGAGUGUCAUGUCUGCACAGGGCAUGCAGCCCUCGUACCAUCACUUUCAGUGCUCUGCCCUUCCCUUUGGCCGUCUAUACGUGUUACUGUUCGCUUGCUUUUCUGUUUUUAGUGGGCUCCUGGGUUCAAGUGAUCUUCCUGCUUUAGGCUCCCGAAUAGCUGACUCAGACUUGUCGUCUUUAGGAAACAUUCUUUUGUUCUGUGAGUUCUUCUGUAAACUGUACUGAUGGAUUAUGAAACCCAAGGAAGGGUAAGGAGCCCAGUAGGUCAGAAGUGCAGGUUGUCUGGGCUUCUUUUCUUGUUGUGACAGUCUCACUAUGUAUGACACAUUUGGGGAUAGUGCUGUGAGACUAAGAUCUUGAGCUUGUGACUUUAUUUGCUAGCCGUUUUAAUUGUUACCUAGUUCCUCGUGUGUCUAGUUAUCCUGUUAAUUGUUUUUCUGGUGCUUUAUUCAUUGGCCUUUUAGUCUCACAGCUGUAUGGAGGUCUAAUUUACAUAUCGUUCAAUUUGCCUACUUGAAAUGUAGUCUUAAAUGGUUUCAUAGAUUUGUAUAAACCAUCAUUGAAAUUUUAGAGCACUAUGUUACAUGAGAUAAAUGUCCUUUAUCUGUCGCUCUCAUCUUCUAUUUGCCUUACACACAGAAGGAGAGAAGAGGGGGGAGGAGGAAGGGAGGAAGAAGGAAGGGAGAGAGAGAGAGGGAGAGAGAGAGAGAGAGAUAUAGAUAUGCAGGCAGUCAUUCACGUACCAGCCCCUUCUCUCUGACUGCUGUUCUGGACCUUUCCUGUAAGUCCACUGUGCGUCUCGUGACUGAUGGCUUUCACUUAGCUAAUUGUUUUGAAAGUCCAUUCAUGGUGCCGCAUAUCAAGGGCUACCAGUAUAAUGCCUCAUUGCGAGGGUGUGUGCGUUUUACUUAUUUAUAAGUUGGUAGACACUUGGUCUGUCUCCACCUUGGGGCAGUUAUGAAUAUUUCCAGUUUGUUGCAAUGCUGUAAACAUUGAUGCAGUUUUGUGUGGACCUAGGUUUUCAUUUCUCUUGUGUCUGUGCCUGUGGAUUAAGUUGCUUAGUAGUGUGGUAACUGUAUAUUUGUGAAAGUAUUUUUCAAAGUGACUGCCCCAUUUUCUCACUAACAGCAAUUAUAGGUUGUCAUAUUUCAGUAGCCUUACCAGGCUUAUAUUAUUACUAUUACUAUGAUUAUCGCUCUCCUGUGCUAGAUAAGGGAAGUGACAUCCUGUAGUUUCCUUUAUCAGAUGUGGGGUUGAAAACUACUUUCCCAUUCCGUGUAUCAGUCAUGGCAGUACUUUCCAUACCAGGAUUUCUUGUGUGUAUUUGAGGAGACUUUCAAGUAAGCAGAGCCCACAAAGUAAGUGUCUGAAUAGCUAGUUCAUGCUGUGUCUGGUGUGCAAAACAAACACACAAACAAAACGUCUCAGUACUGGGGAGAUAGCUGAGAGGAUUUAUAAAGUGCUGUGCAAACACUCGGUCUGAAUUUGGAUUCCUAGCGUGCACAUCAAAGCUAAGCAUAACAUACAUAGCUGUAACGAGCGCUGGAGAGCUUGGGUGGGACAGAGGCAGAUUCUGAGGGCUUGCUGACACCCAGUCCAGCAGAAACAGCUAGGUCAGCGGGGGACCCUGUCUCAGAACAUGAGUGGGAGCUGUAGAGGAAGAUGUCUGAUGUUGGUCUCUGCAGGCACAUGCACCUCACCCCCAACCCACACAUGUACACAGAAAGGAAAGGCACGUAUGUCACCGUGGUGCCUGUCAUCAAGUUUUUGUCCAUUUUCGCUUUAUGAAAUAACUUCAAUUAGGCUGGAAAGCAGCUCAUCAGCUAAGAGUACCUGCAGCUCUUCUUGCAGCGGACUGUGUGGUUGCCAGCAUCCACAUGGCGGCUCACAACCGCCUGUCGCUCCAGUUCCUGGGGAUAUGACACCCUCUUCUGGCCACCUUGGGCACCAGGCAUGCACAUAGUACACACACACACACACACACACACACACACACACACACACACACACACAUACAGAAAUGCAGGCAAACAUAAAAUAACAAGGAAAUCUUUAAACAGUUAUAACAAAUAAAGAGCAGUACUGAAUAUUUUACUCCCUGUUUACUACUACAUGGUGCAUUGCAGUCGCUUGUUGGCUGAUGGCUUCGUUCUUUGGUGUUUGGGAUGUUUCCUACAACUAAGUCCUGACAUGGGAAUCAAGUGUUUCAUUGGUUAGAUCAGUACUUAGCACUCCAGCCUUCAUCAAAUAACCUGACCUUAUACAUAUGCCUACAGACUUUCUCAUCUAUAAAAGAGCAGAUUUGAAAGGAGCAAAUCGAACAGUAUAUUUGUUGAAGUUCUUUUCAGCUUCAAAGUAUAGUUUCACUAGUGACUUUUUAUUUACUUUUUAUUGCUCCUGACCAGGGAGAAUUAUGCUUUGUUAACAAAACUUGGACUUAAUGAAUACUUUCUUGGAGAUUGGAGUUACAUUGAUUUGGCAAAUAAAAAACUGGGCAUAUCCAUACGGCCAAUUAAAAACAAUCAAUCAGCAGCAGCUCACUGUGGAAAGCAGAUGCCAUCCUAAUGAAUUGUACUGUGGCUAGUCAAACGUGACCAAAGCAGCACCCCCCAGAAAGGCCGACCUGAAGGAAGAGAAGUUACACACCUGCUUAGGGUGUGGCUAGAGGCACAGGACUGUAGGAAUGUGUCCUUGUCUGCAGCCUUGCAAGUAUGCAUGGCUCAUUAGAGAAGCAAGUUCUCAAAGGACAGCUGUGUCCAGAGGUGAGGCUGAAACCUGGCCACAGCACAUAAGAAAAAGAGAGGACAGUAAAGGAAAGAAACACACAAGACUGGCUGACACUGUGAGGUGAGUGUACCUUGUCUUGGUUACCCUGUGAAGGAUCCCUAUUUUAAAGGUCUUUGGGGACAAGUUUAUCACUGGUCCUUGAGUUCAGCUGAAGUAUAUGAGUGAGGCGAGGAGGUGGAGCUCUAAUAGUCCAAGCCAGGUGUUUAGAACGGAAGAAAGUUUGCCGGGAUUCAGGUCCAAAGCUUAGUAACUUAAUUCCCACCAGCCAAGAAAGCUACUUAAAGGUUUGGUUAUGUUUUGUUUUUAAAGGUUUGGCUUCUUUGAUGUUAUUAAUCAAACAUCAUUAUAAAUAAAAGUAAAUGUCAGAAGUAAAAAUGUUUUGUUAAGUAGUCAGAAAUUAGAUAACAGAAGAAAAAUCUAGAAUUUAAUUCUAGCCAUUCUGUGUUAUGGCUAUGUCUUUAGCCCAUAACACAGAAAGCAGUUCAUCACAAUCAUUGAGAACACAGGGAAGUUUUGUUUUUAGUAUCUUCUCAGAGCUCUUUAAGAAAAAUGUAUUGUCUAGGAUACAUAGCCUGAAAUAAGUAAGGAUGGGCUGUUUGAUUGUUGGUUCCCCUAGGAAUGAACAAGAAAUACACUUCCAAAUGUAAGGAGAGUUGGUGUGUUAAUCCAAAGAGUGGCAGGCAGGUCCUUAGGCUUUGUUUUGGCAUUCAGCAUCACAGCUGCACUACAUUCUGUUUGGUAUGAGUGUUGAACCUGUCAUGUCCGGUUUCUUGAGCAAUCCUUGGCCUAGAAUAACAUGACAGCCAGUGUCCUCAGAUAGAAGGAUCCCAGGAUGUAUUCGGACUGUCUAACUGAGCUUUAGGGUCUGGGUAUCUAUACUGGACAUAAACAGGCCACCUGAGCGUCUUUAUUUCACUGUGUCCUAAGUGGUCCUGCUGCCAGCAGAAGGACCAGAAACAAUGGUGGGAAGGUCCCCUGGAGGGAGUUUGAGAUGUGCUGACAGUUACAGAAUGCUGGGGGGAAUGGAUAUAAACUUGCCAGCUCUCAGGGCGCUCAUUUUUGCCAAGGCACUAGUGAUUGUGACAGUAUUGUCUUAAAUAUUACAAACAUGCUGUGAAUCAGAGCUGUUGACCUGUGGGUGCAUUGUGAGAGAAGGCUUCGCAGACAAAUUUAGGGCCAGCAAAAUUAUUUUUAUGACUUCAAAAACUAUUUCUAGGCAAGACUUUUGAUUCUAAUUAAGAUCAAUAUGAGCACUUACUGACUUUGGAAUUGUGUCACUAGUAAUGGUACUAUUCAAUAUAGCAUAAUUUAAUUAAAUCUUAGAUCGUCAAAUCAGAGAGCAUUUCCAUACUAACUCCUAACCAUGACUACCAGUAUCAAUGUGAGGGCAGGCACUUUACUAGGGCCGGACACUUGAGUACCACUAAGAACUUUAUUAUUCUUCUUUGAUGUGUGUAGGGGUUUUUGUUUUGUUUUGUUUUCUGGAUAUAGACUUGUACCCCAUGCAUGCCUGGUGCCCCAAGAGGCCAGAAGAGGGCAUCAGAUCCCCUAGCAGUUUACAGUUAUAAACCCAGGUCCUCUGGAAGAACAGCCAGCACUCUCAGCCUCUGAGCCAUCUCUAGCCCUGACUGGAGAGCUCAGUAAGAGCUCAUCAGUAUGUAGGUUCACAUGGAACUUCAGUUUAAUGUAAAGAACUUGCUUGUGCAGCUUGGUGAGCAAGUAGAAAUCAGCAUUUUUCUCAAUUAAAUUUUACCCAAUUAAAAAAAAAACAAACAUAAUUAAUCAUGUUUGGCUAUACAGAGAAGUAGAUAGACUUGCUCGGUAUAGUCCUAUUCCUGGUAGAUAAAGGGCUUUUCUAGAAGGGGAAUGGAGAAGGAAUUUGCAAGUGGGGUGGGUGGUCCGAGAUCAACAAAACGUCUUACAUAGGAUGCCUUCAGGAGGGAGUAUAGAAAGCUCAGUAGACUUGUGUCUAGGUAGUGCUGUGAUUUCUCCAUGAUCACAGACAAAUCUGAUUUGUUUGUCUGUUUCGUCUGUCUAUUCUUGCUUUCCCGAAAGUGGAACCUUCUAGGCAAGCAUCCCACCUACGGAACUGCUCCUUAGCACUAGCUUAUUUUAAAAUACAAAGCUAGAAAUUUAUACCUGAUUUUAUGCCCUAGAUAAUGUAGUAUUUUGUGACCAGAUCAGAAGGAAAAAAUAAAUUCAUUUCAUAGUACUAAAUAGAUAGUUUGCACAUGUGAAUUUUAUUGAUUUUAGUUUCUCAUGGAGUGUUUAACUGAUUAUUAUACUGCAUCUGUUUUUUAUAAAAGCAGGCUGUUUUAGUUACUAUCAUGAGCCAAUAGUUCACCAUCUUAAUUAUAUUUUCAGCAUUUACAGAGCAGGUACAUAGUUAAUCUGAAUGGCUUUUUAAGAAGUAGGAUAUUUUUCUUUUGAAGUGCUUUAUUCUAUAAUUUGCUGCUAAGCCUGUGUUAAAAAAUUAUUCUCUGCUUCCUCUUACUUCCGUUUCUUCCCUUUUGGGCCACAUACAAGAAAUGAGUUCUUGCUUCAACCAAUAGAAGCUCGACUCCCAUAGUGUUUACCUACUUUGCGUAACGCAGGCCCGCCUACACACAUUCUGAGGUGUUUCAGUGAAAGAACACUGAACAGACGCUCAGCACAGCGUUGGUUCCCAGAGCAAUCGGCAGUCUGACGAGAAGGAGGUUUAGCUCGUGGUGAUAGCAACAAAAUUAAAAGGAAAUAAUGCAAAAGGUGUCUCAAGGCUCCUGACCAGUGAACAGAGAUUUGAGAAAGACAGCCAAGCUCAUGUUUUCUCCUGAUCAAGAAAAUCAUCCUUCCAAAGCCCCAGUAAAAUAUGGCGAACUCAUUGUCUUAGGGUAUAAUGGGUCUCUCCCAAACGGCGACAGAGGAAGGAGGAAAAGUAGGUUUGCUUUGUUUAAAAGACCUAAGGCAAAUGGGGUGAAGCCUAGCACCGUGCACAUUGCAUGCACUCCUCAGGCCGCCAAGGCAAUAAGCAACAAGGACCAGCAUAGCAUAUCGUAUACUUUAUCUCGAGCCCAGACAGUGGUGGUUGAAUAUACUCACGACAGCAACACUGAUAUGUUUCAGAUUGGCCGGUCAACUGAAAGUCCUAUUGAUUUUGUGGUAACUGACACAGUUCCUGGAAGUCAGAGUAAUUCCGACACGCAGUCCGUACAAAGCACUAUAUCGAGGUUUGCCUGUAGGAUCAUUUGUGAACGCAAUCCUCCCUUUACAGCUCGGAUUUAUGCUGCAGGAUUUGAUUCAUCAAAAAACAUCUUUCUUGGGGAGAAGGCUGCCAAAUGGAAGACGUCCGACGGGCAGAUGGACGGCCUGACCACCAAUGGAGUUCUUGUGAUGCAUCCACGCGAUGGGUUCACAGAAGACUCCAAGCCUGGAAUAUGGAGAGAGAUAUCCGUAUGUGGGAACGUCUUCAGUCUGCGUGAAACCAGAUCAGCGCAACAGAGAGGAAAGAUGGUGGAAAUCGAAACCAAUCAGCUGCAAGAUGGCUCCUUAAUCGACCUCUGUGGUGCAACCCUGCUGUGGCGCACAGCAGAAGGCCUUUCCCACACCCCUACUGUGAAACACUUAGAAGCUCUGAGACAGGAGAUCAAUGCAGCUCGGCCUCAGUGCCCUGUAGGCUUCAACACACUAGCCUUCCCCAGCAUGAAGAGGAAAGAUGUUGUAGAUGAGAAGCAACCAUGGGUAUAUCUGAACUGCGGCCAUGUUCAUGGUUACCAUAACUGGGGAAACAAGGAAGAACGUGACGGCAAAGAUCGUGAAUGUCCUAUGUGUAGGUCUGUUGGUCCCUAUGUCCCUCUGUGGCUUGGAUGUGAAGCUGGAUUUUAUGUGGACGCCGGCCCUCCCACCCAUGCCUUUAGCCCCUGUGGGCAUGUGUGUUCAGAAAAGACAACGGCUUACUGGUCCCAGAUCCCGCUUCCUCAUGGUACGCACACUUUUCACGCAGCCUGUCCCUUCUGUGCACAUCAGUUGGCUGGUGAACAAGGCUAUAUCAGACUUAUUUUCCAAGGACCUCUAGACUAGCAGCUGUCCUCCAGGACUGCAUUACAAGUUCAUAAGCUAAGUGAUUGGGUUUGCCGACCCCUUGUCCGUGUAAGUUUCUCUGCUCUGGUCAUUUGCAUUAAGAUGAAGAAUUUUUUUAAAUAUUUAUAAUAGCAAUUUCUGAGAAAAAUUUGGGAAACUCGAGCAAAGGAAUAUUUGAAAGUUCCAGACUUCUGAAUUCUGAGUUUUGAAAAUCUAUUUUGAGGAGAAAAAGACAUAGUCUAAUUUGAUGCCUUCGUUUAGUGUUCUUGAAUCCCUGCUCACCCUCAGUGUUGAGAGGUUGUUCUGUAGAACUGAGGGUCUGUUGGUUCAAACUAUGUUAGUUUACAAUUUGUUGCAAACAUUGUAAAAUACAGCAACAUGUAUAUUAAUUUUCUAUUUAUCUUUAUCAUAGAAAAUACCUUAGAAUGUUGUGAUAGGUAGCAUGGUAAUGAUGGUGUCACACACUUGGUGUGAGUGGUAGGUUAGUGGGCACGCAGCUCAAGGAUUUGCAAAGUUAAGGAGAAAGGUAGGAGAGCUCCCCCAGCCCCAUACAAGUAGGGGAUUUGAUGAACUAGAAUAUUUCAUAAAACCAGAUUCACAUUAAUUACCAUUGUCUAAAAGGUGUUUGUUUUUAACCACAUUGAAUUUAACCAGAAAAUGGUUUUUUCCUUCAUGUUUCUCUCAAGUGUAGUACUAUAACAAAAGUUAAUGCUAAGAAACGUUUUAUAUGCUCCUUUGAAUAUGCAAUUAAUCUAGAUGAUCUAUUUUUCUCCCAUGAUAACUGAUCUGUUUUUAGUGCCAGCAACAUUUGGCAAGUUUAUUUUUUUGGAUAUAAACUGUGGUUCAUCUGUUCACUGUUUCUUAAAAAAAAAAAAAAAAAAGGAAAAAAGAAAAAAAAUUCUAUGAGAAAGUGAAGAAAUUAACAAGAAAAUUACUUGAUUUGCUCUAGAAAAACUAAACAGUGUUUUGUUAAUUCUUCUGCAUUCGGACUAUUGCAGGCAUUAGAGCAUCCAGAGCUACGAAGGGCUGGCUGCAGCAGCACCGCCCUUUGUAAGCCAGCAGACCAGCCUUAACUGUGGGCUUGACUCCUGCGAGCUGGCCUCAGUGUGACUCAGAAAUGUUUGAUUAGCAGAUGAGAGAGCGAGGACACACCACGAGGGCUGCGUUCUCUUCCUCCAGUGCUGUGCAGGACAGUUUCUUCUCACCCUAGCCUUUUUAAAUGCACCAGAAGUACAGACAGUUGCACUACACAAACCCUUUGAACACUUGUAGAAAUCAGUCCACCGUAGAUUAGACAGAAUCACCUUCCAAUCCUUUGACUUCUUUUCCUUUCAUUUGAACAAUUGUAUAAUAAUUGACUAUUGUCAAAUUUUUGUCUGUGGUAGUAUCGCUUUAAUUUAUCUUAGUACAUCAACGUUUUGAUUUAAAAAAAAAUUAAAACAACAAAAAAAGUCACUUAGAAGCCAUGAACUUUUUUUUUUUUUUUGAUUGUCAAAUUUUCUUGUUUUGAAAAUUAUCAUUUGGGUUCACUCAGGAAAUGCAUGUCAAGAUUUGUAUUAUAAGUUAGCUGUGAUGUAUCAGUAACUGCUGGUUAUUACCCUUUUUUCAAGGAAAUUUAAUUGAUUUUGAAGUUUUCUGGUCACAACCUCCGUGACUAGGCAAGGAAACCAAGUCCUGUGUGUGUUUUGUCAUUUCUGUUGAGGCUCUAUAUUGUAGCUUAAUUUUUAUUUGCAAUUAAUUUAUUCAAACUAAGUAAAUACUUUUCAAAAUAGA